UGUGACACAUCCAUCUUCUACGCAAAAAUGGUACGACGCUUGGUGACUAUCGCUACUACCAACCUGAACCAGUGGGCUCUUGACUGGGAAGGGAAUCUGGCACGUAUCAAACAGUCCAUCGUAGAAGCAAAAUCAAAGGGUGCUCGACUUCGUGUGGGACCAGAGCUCGAGGUUUGCGGAUAUGGGUGUCUCGACCACUAUCUGGAAUCCGAUGUCUACGAACAUUCCAUGGAGAUGCUGUACGAGAUCAUGAAAGAUAGGUCUUUCGACGAUAUUGUCAUCGACAUCGGAAUGCCCGUGCAACACCAAUCUUUGAGGUUCAACUGCCGUGUAAUAAUCUUGAAUGGAAAGAUCUUGCUCAUCCGCCCGAAGCUGUUCCUCGCCAAUGAUGGAAACUAUCGAGAAAUGCGAUACUUCACCCCUAGUAAGCCCAACCACUUGGAAACCUUCACAAUUCCUUCCAGAAGGAUCAUCGAACUUCAUGGUAGCUCGACCUGCCCCUUUGGAGAUGCUCUGCUCAGAUUCGACGAUACGACCCUCGGAGUCGAGACUUGCGAAGAGCUGUUUACCCCAAAUGCUCCCCACAUACUCAUGGGCUUGAACGGAGCUGAAAUCUUCUCGAAUGCCAGUGGUUCUCAUCACGCGCUCCGAAAGCUUGAUCAGCGUCUGUCUUUGAUCCGAGAAGCUACAGCGAAAAACGGUGGAGUUUACAUUUAUGCCAACCAGCAAGGUAUGGAUGGCGACCGGCUCUACUACGACGGGUGUUCCACUAUCAUUUGCAACUCAGAUAUAGUAGCACGCGGUUCGCAAUUCUCCUUAAAUGAUGUCGAGGUUGUGACGGCAACCAUUGACCUCAAGCGUGUUGUUGACCACCGCUUCGCUCCGUCACGGGGUAUGCAGGCAGUGGCUGCCCCAACGUACGAAAGUAUUUCUGUUCCCUUUGCUCUCUGCGGCUCGUCAAGUGCGGUAGUUACCAAGAUCCCUACGUCUUCUUUGGCUGCCCAGCUUCAUGCACCCGAGGAAGAGAUUGCCCUUGGACCCGCUGCCUGGCUUUGGGAUUACUUGCGUCGAUCUAAAGCAGCCGGUUUCCUCAUUCCCCUCUCGGGAGGUCUCGAUUCUUGUUCAACAGCGACGUUAGUUUUCAGCAUGUGUCGAAUGGUUUUCCAAGCACUAGAAGAGGGGAACGAGCAGGUACGCCUGGAUGUCAAGCGGAUCGCGGGCGCACAUCGCGAGGAAGGUUGGAUGCCAAAGUCCCCACAGGAUCUAUGCAAUACCAUCCUCCACACCGUCUACAUGGCAAUGUCGAAACAAUCCUCCGAGGAAACAUCUUCCCGGGCCGCCCGACUGAGUGAAGCCAUCGGAUCCUACCACCUUCGCCUCGAGAUCGACGACGUAUUCCACGCUGAGCGCGACCUCCUCAAAUCCACCAACAACUUCACCCCCACCUUCGAAGGCAGCACCGCCGAGAACAUCGCCCUCCAGAAUAUCCAAGCCCGCACCCGCAUGGUGACAGCAUACUAUUACGCGCAGAUGCUCCCAACAGUACGCCAGCGCAAAGGCGGCGGCUCCCUCCUCGUCCUCGGAUCCGCAAACUGCGACGAAGCACUUCGCGGCUACUACACCAAAUACGACGCCAGCGCCGCCGACAUCAACCCCAUCGGCUCCAUCUCCAAAGUCGACCUCAAGAAAUUCCUCGCCUGGGCCGAAUCCGAAUUCUCCCUCCCCAUCCUCCAUGAAUUCCUCGACGCCACCCCGACUGCCGAACUCCAGCCCAUCACAGAAGACUACACGCAAUCCGACGAAGCCGACAUGGGCAUGACGUACGCCGAACUCUCCGUCUUCGGCAAGCUCCGCAAGGAAGAGCGACUCGGCGCCUUUGGCAUGUUUGAGCGCUUGCUCGAGGAGUGGGGGGAUCAGCAUUCCCCCCGCGAGAUCGCGGUCAAAGUGAAGCGGUUCAUACAUUUUUACUCAAUCAAUAGGCAUAAGAUGACGAUUCUUACGCCCAGUUAUCAUGCCGAGUCGUAUUCGCCUGAUGAUAAUCGGUUUGAUUUGAGGCCGUUCUGUUAUCCGGGCCAGUAUGAUGGGUGGGCUUUUAAGAAGAUUGACGAGGAGGUGGAGAGGAUUGAGAGUUUGUGGAAAUGA